GGCCCAAUGGUACCGCAGAAGCGGUACAAGCCUCACACCUCAUCUGAUAGGCGGCGUUACGUCGAAGAGGUUCAGCUUGAAGAACCCAUUCCUUUCUUCAUGCUGAAACCGGAGGAGGAGGGUAUACCCCUCGUCGAUGCGAUGCAUAACCGCUUCGCCCGCCUGGUGGGACGUGACGAUCAGAUGUUUGUCGACCGUGGCCCUUCUAUUUCUGUUCGGAUUAAUUGGCCCGGCUACCCACCGUGGAGUCGGCAAAUCCCCACGCGGGAUUUCAGGAACCCGCCUGGCCCCAUCACCCGCGCCAAAUUGGCGAAGAACGUGGCCAAGUCGGUACUUCGCUUCAUUCAGGAGCACAAGGACCGUGCAAUGGAAGAGGAUGGCGACGUCGCAUGGAAGGUCGGCGGCUCUCGCGCUAUUGAGCUCAAUGAUCUGGUCCUCGUGCGGCUGGACCAUGUAUCAAAGGGAAGCUGGCAAGCUCAGCUUCAGCUCCUCCGGCCACGGCCACGCCCUUGA